GCCUCUUUGAGCAUCCCCCAUCUCCGUCUCUGGUCUAUAUACCGCCUCCUUACUGCAAUACUAAACACUCCAUUUCUUCACUCUUCGCUUAGCGCUUAUCGUCGGCGGGUAACUCCUCCAUUUCCUCCCGCGCCCGCACGACCACGUUCAACAUUCAUACUCAACGUUGAUAAUCACCACCAAGUGUGCCACUCAAACUUAUCUACACAUCAAAAUGGUAUGUCUUCAUAGCAGCAGCUCCGAGCCACGCUCAGCGCCCCCGCCGUCCAAUUCCUUGAUGGAUUAGUCCAAUUGGAUACGGGAAUGGCCCCCUUCGUCUCCUACUAACCGCCAGGCUGGUGCUUUAGAAAAUGCUCGUAAAGAAAUCAAGCGUCUUUCAUUAGAUGCCGACGAGUCCCAAUAUGGGCAAAUCUUCUCUGUGUCUGGUCCCGUCAUUGUGGCCGAAAACAUGAUUGGUUGUGCCAUGUACGAAUUGGUCAAGGUGGGUCACGACAACUUGGUUGGUGAAGUCAUCCGUAUCAGCGGUGACAAGGCCACCAUCCAGGUCUACGAAGAAACCGCCGGUGUCACCGUUGGUGACCCAGUUUUGAGAACUGGUAAGCCCUUGUCGGUUGAAUUGGGUCCAGGUUUGAUGGAAACCAUUUACGAUGGUAUCCAAAGACCUUUGAAGGCUAUCAAGGACAAGUCCCAGUCCAUUUACAUUCCAAGAGGUAUCGACGCCCCUGCUUUGUCCAGAACCGUCAACUACGAUUUCACCCCUGGAAGCUUGAAGGUAGGUGACCACAUCACUGGUGGUGACAUUUUCGGUUCCAUCUACGAAAACUCGUUGUUGGAUGACCACAAGAUCUUGUUGCCUCCAAGAGCUAGAGGUACCAUUACUUCCAUCGCUGAAGCCGGCUCUUACAACGUUGAAGAUACUGUUUUGGAAGUCGAAUUCGAUGGCAAGAAACACUCCUACUCCAUGAUGCACACCUGGCCUGUUAGAGUUCCAAGACCGGUCGCUGAAAAGUUGGCUGCCGACUACCCAUUGUUGACUGGUCAAAGAGUCUUGGACUCUUUGUUCCCUUGUGUCCAAGGUGGUACUACCUGUAUUCCUGGUGCCUUCGGUUGUGGUAAGACCGUUAUUUCUCAAUCUUUGUCCAAGUUCUCCAACUCUGAUGUCAUCAUCUACGUUGGUUGUGGUGAAAGAGGUAACGAAAUGGCCGAAGUCUUGAUGGAAUUCCCUGAAUUGUUCACCGAAGUCUCCGGUAGAAAGGAACCAAUUAUGAAGCGUACCACUUUGGUUGCUAACACCUCCAACAUGCCUGUCGCUGCCAGAGAAGCUUCUAUUUACACUGGUAUCACUUUGGCCGAAUACUUCAGAGAUCAAGGUAAGAAUGUCUCCAUGAUUGCUGACUCUUCCUCUCGUUGGGCCGAAGCUUUAAGAGAAAUCUCUGGUAGAUUAGGUGAAAUGCCUGCCGAUCAAGGUUUCCCAGCUUACUUGGGUGCCAAGUUGGCUUCCUUCUAUGAACGUGCCGGUAAGGGUAUUGCAUUAGGUUCUCCUGAAAGAGUCGGUUCCGUCUCUAUCGUUGCUGCUGUCUCCCCAGCUGGUGGUGAUUUCUCUGAUCCAGUCACUACUUCUACUUUAGGUAUUACCCAAGUUUUCUGGGGUUUGGACAAGAAGUUGGCCCAAAGAAAGCAUUUCCCAUCCAUCAACACUGCAGUUUCUUACUCCAAGUACACCACUAUCUUGAACAAGUACUACGAUUCUAACUACCCUGAAUUCCCAGCCUUGAGAGACAAAAUCAGAGAAAUUUUGUCUGAUGCUGAAGAAUUAGAACAAGUUGUUCAAUUGGUUGGUAAAUCUGCAUUGUCUGACUCCGACAAGAUUACUUUGGAUGUUGCUGCUUUGAUUAAGGAAGAUUUCUUGCAGCAAAACGGUUACUCCACCUAUGAUGCAUUCUGUCCUAUCUGGAAGACAUUUGAUAUGAUGAGAGCAUUUAUCUCUUACUACGACGAAGCUCAAAAGGCCGUUGCUAAUGGUGCCCAAUGGUCCAAGUUGGCUGAAGCCACCUCUGACAUCAAGCACUCGGUUUCGUCUGCCAAGUUCUUCGAACCAUCCAAGGGAGAAGAAGCAGGUAAGAAGGAAUUCAAUGACUUGUUAACCUCUAUUUCUGAAGGUUUCGCUGAAGCUUCCGAGUAAGUUCCAUAAAUAUUGCUUUAAUUCUUUAUCUUGAUUAAUGUCUGAUUAGAGAGUCAGAUUGUUUUUUAUACUAUAAUAUACAUUUGAUUAAGCG